AUGGCGGAGGUUGAGCUGAUCCGCACGGGCAAGGAAGCUUCACCAGUACCAACGCAGCGGCUCGGCUGCCGUCGCUGCCUCAUUGCAGCUUGCCUCGUCCUCGCGGGCGUCGCAAUCGGUACCGUAGCCGGCGCAGCUGUGUUUGCUGGCUUUGCCGCGCCGCCAAAGGUCGAGGAAGCUACGAUGGCGCCAACGCCCAAGCCCUUGCUCCUCAUGAUUGGCGACUCGAUCACGCAGCAAGCAUCCACCGUGAGCCUCCACGGGUUUCAAGCACUGCUCGCUGAGAACUACAUUCGUCGAGCAGACGUUAUCAACCGCGGUCGGUCGGGUUGGACAACGCGCAACUACUUGCCAACCGUCCCGGCAAUGCUGCAGGAAUGGUCUACCCGACCGCCGAGCCUCGUGAUCCUCGAGCUUGGUACGAACGACGCCACCCGUCCGAAUGCGACCGACCAGUAUGUCCCGCCCGACGAGUACAAGGCGAACCUCGAGGGUAUCGUGCACGGCUUUCUCGAUGCGUUUCCCGCGACCAAGUUUCUCUUUUUGACACCGGCCGUCUCGGACGACGACAUGUUUACUGAUCAAGCCCACCUAAAUGCGCGGGCAGGUGCCUAUGCCAGCCUGUGCAUGGAGGUGGCUCGUCGCCUGCACUUUCCCGUCGUCGAUCUCUGGACCCUGCUCCAGGGCAUGCAGAAGGACGUGCUUUCCGACGGUCUGCAUCUCAACGUUCUCGGCAACGAGUUUGUCCACGACCAGAUCAUGGCUGCAAUUGCGAGCUCCGCAGCUCACGCCGAGCGCGCUGCCCCGCUUAGCAUCGGAACCGUGCCGGUAAACUAA